CAAUAAAUUGUGUUUCAAUUGACAUGGUAACAUUGGAAAUUGUUUAAAAACGUAUUUUAACAAAAAAAAAGUAUUAUCUGUUGUGCGCGCGUGUGUAUAUUUGUGCGGUUGUUUUAUUAGUUUGUUAUAAUCUCUAGACACGUUUGAAAUUACUUAUCAUCAGUGUGAUCUAUUGUUUUAUCGGGCAGAUUCACCUGUAUUGUGGAUGAUGAUUAUUAUGAUGAUGAUUAGGAUUAUAGUACUGCUGCUCAUCAAAAUAAAUCUAAUUUAGGUGCUAUUCAUCGAAAGCGAAAACACAAAAUCAUUCGCAUCAUGUACCGAUAUUAUUAAAAAUAAUUCCCCGAACGCAAGAAAAGCAGAAAGGAAGCGAAGAAAAAAAAAUAUUGUGUGUCAAAUAACAUAAUAAACCAAUAUAUAUACAUAUUUUGUAAACUGUAAUUCAACGAACAGCAAAAUUGGUUGUAUUGAUUGUGUGUAAAGCGAAAAAAGAGACACCGAGAGAAGUUUAGUGGUGAAUCGAGACAACGACGACAUCGGCUACGACGACGAGGUGAAGUGAAUCAUUAAAUCGUUACAAGCGUGCUCAAAAUGUGUUUUCUACAGCUAAAGCUACAGCACCAUCAGCAGCAGCACCAUCAGAGGCGAAUCAAUUCAUCUAACGACAACAACAAAGAGCCGAGCUAUCAGCAAGUGUAGAAGUUUGAUGGAUGAUUUAAAUGUCUCAGCAAACCCGAAUGGAACUUUAUGAUAAUUGAAUUUGCUUGUGAACACACAGUUUUUUUUAUUGGAAUGUUUGCGCACACAACAAAAUUUCUCUCGACCUAAGUUCUCGUUCAGCGCUUGAUUUCCACAACGCAAACAUAUUUUCAAAGCCCGUAUUCAUGCAAUAGAAUCGUUAGUGCUAACAACCAAAUUUAUAUAUAUAAAAUACAUGCACAGAGUACAGACCAAGUGAAUGAUACAAAACAACAACCAAAAACACCAAACAAGUCGCGAAACCACACUCAAUACAUGGAUAAAAAAAAAUUAAAAAUAUAACAUAGUACACAACAUAUAUCUAUGUUUAAAAUAUAUAAAAAAGUAGAAAAAUGUUCGACUAGAAAAUGUAAAAUGUAGAGUAUAAUGAAAGUAAAUAUUUCCCGAAGCGUGCACCAUCGUCAUUACAAUUUAAUAAAAGGAGAAAUAAAUCCCAAAAGUCUCUGAUUUGCAAUAAAAAAAAUUGAGAACGCAAACAAAAUAGAUAACUGGAGAUUUAUCCCAUUUCGACAGAGUUAAUCGAAGGAUAAAAAGUGAAGGGAAAUACAUAGAACGACGGAGAAUGGAUCAAGUGUUCAUAAUGCCAAGCGCCAUUUGUUUGUCGCAUAUUUUUGACGCUUGUGUCAAUCGACGUCGACAAUGGUGGCCGCUGUACUCCAACAAAUCGAUGUCAUUACAUUGGAUGGUUGUGAUUUGGUUAGCUGCCAUGCUACCAGCAUUCAAACAACAUGCAGCAUACGGAUUAGAUGAAUUGCACAUUGGCGGUAUAUUUCCGAUCGGUGGAAAGGGUGGAUGGCAAGGCGGUCAAGCAUGCCAACCAGCUGCUGAAUUAGCUCUAGAAGAUGUCAACAGCAAGUCGGAUUUAUUACCCGGAUUCAAACUUACACUCUAUAGCAACGACAGCGAGUGUGAACCGGGACUCGGUGCUAGCGUAAUGUAUAAUCUUCUCUACAAUAAACCACAAAAGUUGAUGCUUCUAGCUGGAUGUAGCACCGUUUGCACUACUGUCGCUGAAGCAGCAAAAAUGUGGAAUCUCAUCGUGCUAUGCUACGGUGCAUCAAGCCCAGCACUAUCGGAUCGUAGUCGUUUUCCAACGUUGUUUCGUACACACCCAUCAGCAACUGUGCAUAAUCCUACGCGCAUAAAAAUAAUGAAAAAAUUCGGCUGGUCACGGGUUGCAAUCCUUCAACAGGCUGAAGAAGUUUUUAUAUCGACCGUCGAAGAUCUCGAAAAUCGUUGCAAAGAUGCUGGCAUCGAAAUCGUUACCAGACAAUCAUUUUUAUCAGAUCCAACGGAUGCCGUUCGAAAUUUACAUCGGCAGGAUGCACGAAUUAUUGUGGGCCUUUUUUAUGUAGUUGCCGCUAGACGCGUUUUAUGUGAAAUUUAUAAUUUGAAAUUAUUUUCGAGGCCAGGCGAACGAAGCUAUGUUUGGUUUUUUAUCGGUUGGUACGAAGAUAAUUGGUAUGAGGUUAAUCUCGAUGCUGAAAAUAUCACAUGUACACGCGAACAGAUGAAAAUGGCGGCUGAAGGACAUUUAACCACUGAAGCGUUAAUGUGGAAUCAAAAUGUUGACGAAAAAACCAUAUCCGGCAUGUCAUCUGGAGAUUUUCGCAAACGAUUAGACAAGGUAUUAGUUGAACGUGGACAUGAUAUAGGCCAUAAACGUUAUCCAAUUGGUUAUCAAGAGGCACCACUUGCAUAUGAUGCCGUUUGGAGUGUUGCCUUGGCAUUUAAUCGAACGAUGGAGGGACUAGCACGAAAGGAUAAGAAACGUUCGCUCAAGGAUUUCACAUACACUGACGGUGAUAUAGCUGGUGAAAUUUAUGCAGCCAUGAAUUCCACAUCGUUUAAGGGCGUUUCGGGACUUGUGGCGUUCAACACUCAGGGUGAUCGUAUUGCAAUUACUCAAAUCGAACAGAUGAUUGAUGGAAAAUAUCGAGUCCUUGGACAUUUUGAUAUUCAAGCCGAUAAUCUUACAUGGACGGGAUUAGAAGAGUGGCAAGAUGAUAAGAUACCGCAGGAUCGCACAAUUAUUCGACGUGUUCUACGCACCGUAUCAUUAACGUUGUUCGUAUGCAUGAGCACCAUUUCAGGUUGCGGUAUUCUCGUUGCCAUCGCUUUAAUCGUGUUCAAUAUUUUCAACAGUCAUCGACGUGUGAUUCAGCAAUCGCAUCCCGUGUGUAAUACCAUUAUGUUAUUUGGCAUAAUCAUUUGCUUGUUAUCGGUGAUUUUGCUUGGAAUUGACGGUCGCUUUGUUAGUUCCGAAACAUAUCCAAAGGUAUGUCAAACGAGAGCGUGGAUGCUUUCAACUGGUUUUACUUUAGCCUACGGUGCUAUGUUUAGUAAGGUAUGGCGUGUCCAUCGAUUUACAACGAAACAAAAGCAAGAUCCAAAGCGCAAAGUGGAGCCUUGGAAGCUUUAUACAAUGGUAUCUGUAUUGCUGUCGGUUGAUUUGGCGAUACUGUUAACGUGGCAAUUCACCGAUCCACUUCAGAGACGACUUGAAACGUUUCCACUGGAGAAGCCAUUAUUGGUAACUGAUGACAUUCGAAUAAGUCCAGAGCUUGAGCAUUGUGAGAGUGGAAACCAAUCGAUUUGGUUAGGUGUGAUUUACGUGUAUAAGGGUUUAAUAUUGGUGUUUGGUCUGUUCUUGGCAUAUGAAACACGCUCAAUAAAAGUGAAACAGAUUAAGGACUCCCGUUAUGUGGGUAUGAGCAUAUACAAUGUGGUUUUAUUUAGUUUUAUCACAGCGCCGGUUGCAAUGGUAAUUGCCUCACAACAGGAUGCAUCGUUCGCAUUUAUGGCGCUGGCUGUUAUUUUUUGUUGUUUUCUCAGCAUGCUGCUGAUUUUCGUGCCAAAGGUUAUCGAAGUGGUCCAGAAUCCACACGAUAAACCAGAAUCCAAGUACAAUCCUGAUGCUGGAAUUUCAAAAGAAGACGAAGAACGGUAUCAAAAACUAGUAAAAGAAAAUGAAGAACUACAAAGACUUAUAGUACAAAAAGAAGAUAAAAUUCGUAUAUUGCAACAACGUUUGCGUGAACGUGAACAAGCAAACAAAAGCAGUUCAGGUAAUGUGGCAGCACAAUCAUCGAACGAAAUUCAAUUAAAAGCCGUUGCAGCAAACGCGGCCCAAGGUAAGGAUGCACUCAUUGUUAUUCAACCAGAAGCAACAACAACAUCUGAUUUUGAUAGUGCCAUUGGUGGCGGCCUUUCGAUUAUAACACGUGCCAGCCAAUCGGAUGCUGAAUUUUCCGAAAGUUACUCUUAAUCUCGAUCAUACUAAGAAUUUUAAAAACAAUACUCGAACAAUUCACAAUCUCCCAAAGUACAAGCAACGUAUUUUCUACGGUGCGAAUUCUACUAGCAACGAAAUACAAUGAUGCCACACAUAAAUUUCUACAACAUUUUCUGUCAUGAGCUUUAAGUGAUUUAAGUUUAAAAUCCAAUUGAUGUUUUUGUUUGUUGUCUAACAACCAAAUUUGAAGUGAACGAAUUUAUUGUUUGAUGUUCGUUCUUUUUUAAAACUUUCGUUUUGAAUUUCCCCGAAUUACUUUGAACGAUUUUUAAUGCAUACUUCAAAUGUGUCUAUAUUUUGACGAGAAAAAAAAAAUGAUGAUUCGUGUAAGUAAAAACUCCUGCCAAAACAAAUUUGUAUCCCCCUAUUAAUGUGUAUAAAAUGUUAAGUCUAACACAUUGUUUAAUCUUCUAUUGUUUCUAAAUCUCUUCUUGUUUUAUUUAUAAUUGUGUACAUGAAUUUCAAUGUAUUAAAACUCCCCACUCUUUCUCUCUCUCCAAAGUUGAAAGCACAAAUUGAAUACAAACUAUAUAACAACAUUUCACUUCACACCCACAACCCGUUCCCAGUAAAUUGAAUGUCGAUUUAAUAGCGUUUAAGCACACGUAUUCAAUAAUUUCCUGUACAUUUUGAUUGGCAAAACAAAAUGUAAAUUGACCGUUUGUUUUAGUGUUGUGAAAAUUGUAUCAGUUUCAAAUUGAAAUUUUUCAAUCAAACCGACACAAAAGGCAGCGGAAAUGAUAAUUGUUUCACGUCAAGCUCUUUAUAGAUAAGCUGAUUGAUUUCAUUUCGAUGAUGAUUCAUUCUCAUUUUAUGUCUAUUCACAGAUUAUCGCCCACAACACACAUGAGAAUAAAGUCAAUUCUAAUUAAGUAUAAAACACCGAUAAGUUCUAAAGAAAGAUAGAUACACAAACGCAUUUAGUGAAAUUUAGAAAAAAAAUGUGAAAGAAAGCUAGGAAAUGUGUCUAAUGACAAACAUUUUAAUAAAAAAAAUGUAUAGAAAACCGUGAUAUACUUAAAAUAUGAUUUUAAUGAAAACAAAUAGAGAAGGGAAAAAAUAUUUAAAUUAAUAAGCUAUUGAAGAAGCUUAAGAAGGGUAAAGAAAAACAGAUGUCACCCCAGAAAUUUGAAUUCAACUAAAUACCAGCAAUACACCAUCAAAUAUACCAAAUAC